AUCAAUUAUUUCAGAAUUGGUUUUUCUUGAUCGGAGUACGCUUGCACUGAAUUGUUUGGGUGCUAAACUCGCCGAUUCGAACGCAGACGUUAUCAUUCUUCGACAGACGACAGGCUGAGAGGUUCGGUCGUAUUUUGCCGAUGGGUUUGCAGCGAGGUGAUUUCAACAUGAACGGAGACAGUCAGUUAAUUUUCGAGAAAGACUCUUCUAAGAGCCAGCAGUCGUUGUUGGCUGCAAUGAACAAAUUUUCACAGGCCGUCAGUGCCAUGGAUGAUACCAUCAUGGUUCCUUCACGUCUGCUGGACGUGCCUCUCAAAAACGGACAAUCUUCACCUAACGACAACCGAGGAGCUUUAGUACCAUUCGAAGGGAAAGUUGGAAACGGCACCGACUUAUAUAGCUUUUAUAUGUUAUUGAACACAAUCAGUACGGACCUGGUUCGUGGACCUCCUCAACUCGAGGAUGACGAAGGUGGAGAUCCAAGAUACUCUCGUGUGGACGAACAGACGAAACAAGUAGCAAAUAUGUUCAGGCAUCAUUUGAGUGGACUACAUUCAGUGCUAAAUCAGUUGACGGACGCUGCGCAUUUUCUGACUCAGAGAUAUACGGACGAGAUUGAAAACGAUGCUGCCAAGAUGAGUGGAAGUCCCUAGAAGAACUCCACCCCGAAAGAAACUGAAUUUCUAACCUGCUUUUGAACGCAAAGGGAAUAUAUAUGUGUGACCAGUAUUCUGCCAUGGAAUAUUUAUUUUUCGUGACAUUAGAGCAUUUAUUCAAGCGGGCACGUUUCGCGGCUGCAGCGGUGAAAAGAGAUCGAAUGAUGCAACUUGUUUGUGCAGACGACGGAUCAGCUGUUUCAAGAUGGCCGCCAGCUAUAGAACUUGGGCAUCACCCGGCGGUUUCUAUGACGACGGCACGUGGCGGUUAGGAAUAUGUUGGCCUUGGUGAACAAUUAAGAGUCCGAGAACGGUACUUUUUGAUCAAAGCGAACUUAUGUACCACGUCCUUGCCCCAAAGAUUGAGCAGUGAAACUGUUAAAGAAGAUGAACUGCGUUAUCACGAAACGGAUGUUGUUCAUAAAUCCAAUUUCUCUAUAGACUCUAGUCCAAGACUGACUUUUGUAAUGACACUGCUGGAAUAUCUUGAAACACCACAGGAAACGAGCAGGUCAAUCCUUGAUUGGUCAGGACGUGCCUGACGGUUUCGUGGGGGAUGUCCCCCGUCCCUGGGAAAGUCUUUGGUGAACUUUUGCGAAGAGACUUUCACUGCCACUUUCAAGAGUGAUGGAACUAAUCAAUUAUGCUAUUGGUCUUCUGCUCACCCGAGAUCUUUCUCGAGUGCCAGGAGGCGGUUGGGUGGAGUUGAGUAGGGGCGGGAGGGGAAUUCUUAGACUGGCGUACAAUCACAAAACUUAGCAAACUUCAUAAAAGAUUGUAGGGAAAUGAAGAUAAAGAAGCAAUGGGAGGUAACUGUCAAACAGUCGGACCAUGCCAAUACCCAUUAAUUGUUACAUUUGGCAAAUUUAUUUUCUUCUAAAUAAUGUGCAAUUUUCUUCUCUUGGGCAUUUUCUGUGUGUAUUUCUGAACUCUACUUAUGCCUGUGAAAAUAGGCGAUUACUUUAUCACUGGUAUCGUGAAAAGUUUUCUGACCAGUACUGUAUAUAUUUUCUCUUGUUUUCUUUCGGUCUGUAUAUGUUCAAUCUUUUCAACUGCGUUGGGCCCUAUUGGUAUACGAUUGUUCUUACUUGGACUAGAGCUUGGAGUACUAUUAAGCCUAUUACGGUAUUAGUUUAGGUUGUCUUUGACAGAUUUUGACCGAAAUUCAAAAUGUAUUUCUGUAUAACACUGGGAUUCCAUUGUUUUUUAUCCUUCUUGGUGCAUGUGUACUCCCAGUAACAUAACGCCAGUCUAUGCAUCAAUACUGGAUGCUCGCGCGUCAGGCGUGAAUAACAGGUCGAUAACAUGUCUAGCUAACCUCAUUCCUAGCUAUCUGUUAUCUCUAUAGUAUAUUUGUUGUCGCUACCAUGUUUAAGGGGGUUUGAACGGAAAGAUUUAUUCACCUAAACUGUGUCAGGUCGCCAUGACUUUCUUACCGCACACAACUUCUUUGGUCUUUGAGGCGCACACUGCAACCCAACAAAUCAGGCGCAACUGCGCGAUGCCGUGCGCCUUGAUGUUACCGGGGAUGUUACUUCUGACCAAGACUGCAGGAAUGCUUACUUUUCAGGGCUGGGUUUUUGAUACUCCUACCUGAAAUAUCGGGAGGCAGGGUAUAUAGGAUGGGUUGGAAUGGAGUGGUUUCGUUACAGUAUACCACAUCUGGUCUAAAAAUACACACAUGUUGCGCAUGAUGAACUUUUCGUUGACAUCUGAAUUGCAGCUGUUGGGGUUAUUUUAAGUAUUCAUGAAAUUCAUCUACAAUAUGUCACUGCAGUGUAUAGUGAUCUCACCAAUGUCCUCAGGAUGAACCUGUCAAUAUUCAUCUGAAUAUGACAAGUGCUGGAGUACUGUUCGAAGUUGAAUAAUCUGAACAGGGUAAUGCUUCAAUCAAGUUGUUAGGCUGGUUACUCUAAGAUUCCCGGUUUGUCGUAUUGGCCCCUGCGUUGGUGAGAGUUCGGAGUGGGAGAGGGGGUACCGUACGGGUUAUUAUGUGUACAGAGUACAUGACGUUUAAUUGUCCUCAGUAAAGAACUAUUCACACAUAUUUGCUAGAUUCUAAAUCUCAACGCACGAAAUUUAUACAUGAAAAUUGACUAUACUUUUGAAAACAUUUGUGAUACGCGGCAAUAAAUUUUGUAAAGAAAUAUAAAA